AUGCAGCUUGUUCCGAAGGAGCUUGACAAGCUCACGAUCGCGCAUCUUGGGUUCCUGGCGCAGCGUCGUCUGGCGAGGGGUGUUAGAUUGAAUCAUGCUGAGGCUGUGGCUUUGAUUUCUAGUGUUCUGCACGAGCUCAUUCGCGAUGGCCACUACUCCGUCGCCGAUUUGAUGUCCAUCGGCAAGACCAUGCUCGGUCGUCGCCACGUUCUCCCCUCCGUCGUCGCUACCCUGGUCGAACUCCAGGUCGAGGGUACGUUCCCAACUGGUACGUACCUGGUCACCGUGCACCACCCAGUUAGUAGCGACGAGGGUGAUCUGGAGCGUGCGCUGUAUGGAAGUUUCCUGCCUGUUCCUCAGCGUGAGGCGUUCCCCGAUCCAGAUCCCGAGGAUUAUAUGCCGGAGAAGAUGCCCGGUGCGGUGAUUCCGGCUAAGCAUGCGCGAGUUGUGUUGAAUGAUGGGCGGAAGCGGAUUCGGUUGAAGGUUAUGAGCAAGGGAGAUCGGCCGAUUCAGGUCGGAUCGCAUUACCACUUCAUCGAGACGAAUCCCCAAUUGCACUUCGAUCGUAUCCAGGCCUACGGUUUCCGCCUCGAUAUCCCCGCCGGCACAUCGAUCCGUUUCGAGCCUGGAGAUACCAAGACCGUUACCCUGGUCGAGAUCGCCGGCCACAAGGUUAUCCGCGGAGGCAAUUGGCUGGCCAACGGGCCCGUGGACUUGAGCCGGGCCGAUGAAAUUGUCACCAAGCUGCAGGCGGCCGGGUUCGCUCAUGUCCCGGAACCGACGGCGGAUAGCGCGCUGAUUACCGGAUUCUCCAUGGAGCGCGAGGCGUAUACGCGCAUGUUUGGUCCUACGACGGGCGAUUUGGUGCGUCUUGGUUUGACCAAUUUGUGGGUUCAGGUCGAGAAGGAUAUGACCAGUUAUGGUGACGAGUGUGCCUUUGGUGGAGGUAAGACUCUGCGUGAGGGUAUGGGACAGGCAUCUGGGCGCUCGGCGGUCGAGUGUGUGGACACGGUGAUUACCAAUGCCUUGAUCAUUGAUUACACUGGUAUCUAUAAGGCGGAUAUUGGUAUCAAGGAUGGUAUGAUUGUUGGUAUUGGAAAGGCCGGUAACCCGGAUGUCAUGGACGGAGUGCACCCGGAUCUGGUGGUGGGCUCGUCCACGGACGUGAUUGCCGGCGAGAAUAAGAUCGUUACCGCUGGUGGCUUCGAUACGCAUAUUCAUCUGAUUUGUCCGCAGCAAGUGGAUGAAGCUCUGGCAUCUGGUAUCACCACUUUCCUCGGUGGUGGCACCGGUCCCAGCACUGGUUCGAACGCGACGACUUGCACCCCGGGACCCAACCACCUCAAGAACAUGAUGCAAGCCUGCGACAGUCUCCCUAUCAACAUCGGUAUUACUGGCAAGGGUAACGACUGCGGAGCCAUCAGCAUCGAAGAGCAAAUCAAGGCCGGUGCUGCUGGUCUCAAGCUCCACGAAGACUGGGGUUCCACCCCCGCAGCCAUCGACAACUGUCUGGCCCUCUGCGACGAAUACGACGUACAAUGCAUGAUCCACACAGACACCCUGAACGAAUCCGGCUUUGUCGAGCAAACCAUUGAAGCCUUCAAGGGCCGCACAAUCCACACCUACCACACCGAAGGUGCCGGUGGCGGUCACGCACCAGACAUCAUCUCCGUCGUCGAGCACCCCAACGUCCUCCCCAGCAGCACAAACCCAACCCGCCCCUUCACCCUCAACACGCUCGACGAACAUCUGGACAUGCUAAUGGUCUGCCACCAUCUCUCCAAGAACAUCCCCGAAGACGUCGCCUUUGCCGAAAGUCGUAUUCGCGCUGAGACCAUCGCUGCCGAGGACGUCCUGCACGAUCUCGGCGCUAUCAGCAUGAUGUCCUCGGACUCGCAGGCCAUGGGCCGCUGUGGCGAAGUUAUCCUGCGCACUUGGCACACUGCGCAUAAGAAUAAGAUGCAGCGGGGCAAACUGGAGCAGGACCAGGGAACGGAUAAUGAUAAUUUCCGGGUGAAGAGGUAUAUUAGCAAGUAUACGAUUAAUCCGGCGCUGGCGCAGGGUAUGGCGCAUCUUAUUGGUAGUGUGGAGGUGGGUAAGGUUGCGGAUUUGGUGCUGUGGAAGCCUAGUAGGUUUGGUACGAAGCCCGUGCAGGUGUUGAAGAGUGGAAUGAUUGCCGUUGCGGAGAUGGGUGAUCCUAACGCUUCGAUCCCGACGAUCGAGCCUAUGAUUGUUCGUCCUAUGUUCGGUGCCCGCCUGCCGAGUACAUCGAUCAUGUUCGUCUCGCAAGCUUCCAUCGACAAUGGUGUCGUACAGAGCUAUGGUCUGCGCAAGCGUAUCGAGGCAGUCAAGGGUUGCCGGACCGUUGGCAAGAAGGAUAUGAAAUUCAACGAUGCUAUGCCCAAGAUGAAGGUUGAUCCGGAGAGUUAUACCGUCGAAGCCGAUGGGAUGCUGUGCGACGCGGAGCCUGCAACAGAGCUACCGCUGACACAGGCGUACUAUAUCUUCUAA